AAAACACUUAAAAAAAAAAUCCUGUCAAAACCAUGAUCGUUGCCUCAUACAGUGAGGCUCAGGCAGAGAGAGCUGAGCCGAGCUCGAACCUUCAACAAUGGCAUCGAGCAUGAGGGCCACUGUGGGACUUUUGCUUCGCGACAUCGUGUCUUCACAGGCAGACAUGGAGAAGCUGGAGAAGAAGAGCCUAGAGGAACUUGAUCAGAUGGUCUAUCAGGAGAUGAUGAAGGCAUUGCAAUUUGGUAGAUCCCAGAGUCAAGCCUUAGCUUCUCUUAGAAACAAGGCGGGCAGACUCAGUCAGGAUUUGGUAUUAGCUUCAGAGAACAAGGAGAGAGUUCAACGUCACCUGCUUGAGGAGUGCAAGUCCCGCCGGAGAGAAAGGGAGGAGCUCCAAAAAAGCACUCUGGAGUUGGAGGCGGAGAAGGACUGCUUCAUCCGAGAGACUAGGGCAUUGAGAGACCAAAAUAGGUUGCUUCAGGCGGAGCUCCGUGCUAAGGAGUUAGGUGUGAAGAGGUUGCCUGAAUCUAAUCUCAACAUUGAGGAGGAGCUUAUAAGAGGACUCGAUUCGAGGAGGAUGCUGACGAGCGAGCAGUCUGGAGGAUGAAACCAGUUCUUAGGAAGACUUACUACGAGCUGCGCAAAGUUUGCUGUACACAGCCUCUUCGCUCAGUACCGAUUUUUGAUAUCCUUUCUCAGCAUCAGGAUGGUCAAUCAUCGUUGAGGGAGGAUGAAGAGCGAGACGAGGAGAUUGAUAGUCUGGACUCAGACGAAGGGUGGCUCUGUGAUGACAACGACCACGCGCUCCUUGAGAAUGGUGUCCCCAAGGCCAAAGUGGAUGGUGCUGGCGACACCAUCUCCACUCCAGCCGCAAUCAAGAGAUCAUCCUUGGUAAUUGAUCCAAAAAAGCCGAGUAGAUUAGUGGGUCGCAGGGAUUUAGGAUUUUAGUGUCAGUUGCACGCAUUCGUUUAUCUACUGUAAGCAUGUCCUUGUUAUAGAAAUGAACUUGUUAUGUUGCUCUACCGGAGUUGCAGUAUCGAACUUUGUGAUGGACUAAUUUUGCUGGCCGCCGUUAAUCUUCAAGUUCUUUCUCAACAAA